UCAUUCACUUGAUAGGAAUGCUUGAUCAUUAUGGAUAGUGUUAUUGUGAAAGAGGAAAUGUGUUCAGCUGCUUGGAGAAAAUGGCCAGGAAUACAUUAACAUUAACAUAGUGUUCUCCGUUUGACGGAUAAUGAAUGGAAUGGAGAUAAAUGUCUCAAAACCGAAGUGCUUAGUGUGAUGUUCUUCUGCAGUUGUGUUGCUCUGUAGGCUUGCAGACUGCUUCCUUUGAGGUGAAAUGAGAUUAAACGUGGUUGGCGAUCGUGAGGAUAGAUCUCUGUUACUUGUUUAGAGAAUUGUCCCCUUUGUUGUAUGAGCCAUGAGGAUAACCAUCAUUUUAAGUGAGUGAUAGCUAACUCAGCCACGCAGUAGGGAGCCCUCAGUGACUGGGAGGAGGGCCUGUCCAUCUCCUCCUGCUCCAUCACACUCCACCUUUAGAAGCUUCAGGUAGGAGUCCAUCUAGUCACCUAUGGCGGUGGGUUAAGUAGCCUUGGAAACACUGAGCAUCAAUAACUGAAACCUUAUGUUAGAGAUGCAGUUGUAUUUAUUAAAUUUAUCCAAAUAUUGAGUGUCUGCUGCUUGCCGGGCACAGUGCUGCUCAAUUCUCACUGAAAUGCUAACCUUGCUGUAGCUUAAUGUAUGAGCUUAACUCAUAGCCGAUUUGGUUUUCGGCCCUUUUUUCCCCCUUGGAAUGGCAAAACUAAAAGUGGAGAGAAUAAAAGAAAUGUAUCUGGUACUCUCCUCUCGCAGUUCUUGGUCUGUUACUAUAUAUAUAUAUAUAUAUAUAUAUAUAUAUAUAUAUAUGCCCACCUUACUUGAACCUAAUUCAGUUGAAGUGUUGAAAACAUGGAGCUUUUGAAGCAAGAUAGUUUGGGUUCAAAUAUGAACUCUGCCAUGAUGACCUUGAGCCUUGGUUUCUUCACCUAGAAAACCGAGGUCCGUCAGCCUCAUUGAGUUACCGUGAGUAUAAAAAGUUCCCAUAAAGUGCUCAGUGUGUUGUCAGAGCACUGCGCGGUGUGGCGGCUGUCAGUAAGGUCUGUUCUGUUCAGUAUUUACCACCCCAGUCUCGGUGCUGGAUUCCAGAAAUCUUGGGAUGAAUAGUUACGGUAUAAACUCAAGGAGCUCUGAAGCUAGCCAGGGAAAAACCCGCAUCCCUGUAACUACAGCCUUCAGUAUUUACGUGAGGAUUUCUUGUGUAUGUCGUGUGGUUGGAGUCCUGUCAUUGGAAGGUCUUUGUAAAGCUUUGCUUAAAUGGCGUGGUGUUUAAGAUGAUAGACCUUCUCAGGAGGAUGAGAAGGUGGAUAGACCUUCUCAGGAGGAUGCUAAGGAAGCCGCGAGGACCUGAGAUGGCUCACAGCUUUCCCUAGGGCCCCAGAUGAACGCCUGUCCCCGCCGGGCUCGCUCAGGCGUAACGUCUGCGCCUGCCUUUGCUGGGGUGUGCUUUCUUAGGGGUAGGGAGACCCACCGACUCGGUCGUCCAGGACAAAGAGGGUACUUGGGUGGAAGGACUUGCAUUUUAAAAACCAGAAGAGUCCCAGGAAACCUGGUUACCCUGCUUCGGGGUCCUGCCCCUGUGCCAUGGUGGCUGUUUGCGUCCUGAAGCAGGCUUUGUAGGUCUUUCACGUCGUUAGGGACACGGCCAUCAGAAGGGAAUGGGCAGGAGAGAACCGGGCGGGGAAGGAUGGAGAAAGCCGCGUGGCUGGUCAGCCUCUUUAUUUAAGCAUCUGCUUUUGGGUGGAAUCUUUGUUAGCAUUAGUAUUACUUUAAAGAAGAGAGCGCUUUAAUAAAGCCACAAAAGCUGGACAGUGUAAACUGGAAAGUUAAUGAAAUCUUUAAAAAGUUCCCCUUGGACAGUGGUGUUUGCUAUGUGCCUGGUAGGGCUGUUGCCCAGAGCUUGGUACAUAGAAGACGUUCAGUAAGUACUUGUUGCAGGAAUGCUACAAUCAGUGUAAUCUUCAGAAACAGCUUUGAGAGCUGGGUUCCAGUUCAAGCUGGAUUUGAGUCUGGGCCCUAACUUGAAAAUGUACACGCCGAGAUCCGCUCUGGCUUCCUUAUCACGCUGAUAUCCGACUGCAUUUGUUAUUAUCGAGGAGCUUAGGCGCUUCUCAACCUGUCUCUUUUUCUUCUUGGUGGAAACGCCGGCCACCGGCAGAUGAGUUGCCUUGUCUUUUGUUGCAGCGGGCAUGCUUCUGGAGCGUGCCCGUCGUGCACACGUGAUGGUGGAGUGGGCUGUGAUGGGGCAUUUGUGUACACAGUACUUUCCUCCCAGGGGUUGGGAGGGAUUUCCUGCUGAGUCUGUUAAUUCCAAGCGGGGGUUGGCAGGGGACCACACCUGGCCCCGUGAGCCUGGGUGGCAGCGUCCAGAGCUGGGCUUCCGUUGGCCGGCGUUCCCGCUUUUGGAAUCUUCACUACUAAUUUGGAGGGUUGGUUGGUGGCAACCUGAUCAGGCUCUUAGGUAAGCCGUAGAUUUUUCUAGUCUUUAGCUGCGGCUUCAAGUGAUAAUCCUUUGUUUUCUGUUUCUUCUUGAGAAGUGUUAGUUAGCUGUUUAUCUGGGGAUGUUAGGACCUGCAACGAACUGCCAGAAACAGUAAUUAGUUUGCUGGUUGCCAGUUGUGUAAAUCUCAUGCGCAGAGCACCCAAGGGCAAUUGUCAGACGUUUACAUCACCUUCCCAUCAGACUCCCGUUUCAUCAUCGUGUACACUGAGAGCUCAUAUCCCUCAUGUUCCUGAUAAGACAGAUUUCUUCAUGGUCUCUUACUUCACCUAAGAAGAAGAAAUGGGCACGCCUGAGUAUGCUGGAAGGCCGUGAGCGCCCCGACCCCCCGGUGACCACAGCGAGCCCCGCCGGAGGAAGCGCGCCGAGCGGCGGGCUCUGACCGGCCGGCCCGGCCCGCGCGCCCGGCUCAGCAUGGAGACGCUGUCGCAGGACUCGCUGCUGGAGUGUCAGAUCUGCUUCAACCACUACAGCCCGCGGCGGAGGCCCAAGCUGCUGGACUGCAGGCACACUUGCUGCUCCGUGUGCCUGCAGCAGAUGCGGACGAGCCAGAAGGACGUGCGCUGCCCCUGGUGCCGCGGCACCACCAGGCUGCCCCCGGGCUUCUCCGUGUCGCAGCUGCCCGACGACCCCGCGGUGCUGGGCGUCAUCGCCAUCCCGCACGCCUCCGAGCACACGCCGGUCUUCAUCAGACUCCCGAGCAACGGGUGCUACAUGCUGCCCCUGCCCGUCUCCAAGGAGCGCGCGCUGCUGCCCGGCGACGCGAGCUGCCGCCUGCUGCCUGGGGGCCAGCCGAAGGCGGUGGCCGUGGUGAGCGUCCCCGCGGCCGAGCAGCAGCCCCUGCAGCCCGCGGCCCCGGGCGACGCGGCGGCCGAGGAGCCGGACCGGCGGGGCGCGGCCAAGAGCUCCACCUGGUCCGGGGUGUGCACCGUCAUCCUGGUGGCCUGCGUCCUGGUCUUCCUCCUCGGCAUCGUGCUCCACAACAUGUCCUGCAUUUCUAAGCGCUUCACUGUGAUAUCCUGCGGCUGAAGGGGCUGCGGGCAAGGCUCCGUGGGUGCCCACUCGGGGCUGAGCAGCUGUUGGUGGGGGGAUCGUGGUGAGAAGGCGGGGGGCCCGCUGACCCCGGGGGGCCCGGCGCUGGCUCCCGGGCCCUGGGCCGCCGUCUGAUUACCCGAAGACAGACACGAAGGGAAAGCAGGCAGAGCGCUCUCAUUCCUGGUGGCGACGGCUUCGAAGAUGGUUGCAUGCAUCCUCAUAAUCACCUAUUAAAUGGACUGUAAUUUAUCAUUUCUCCAAAUCAUGUUACGAGAUAGACCUAUUCUACUUAGACGUUAAACUGUUGGAAGUGCAUACAAUGUGAUCUUCUCUAAAUGUGGUAGAUUAAAACAAAGAUGCCCUGCAUACAAGUAGAAUUAAACCUGAAAAUCCAUGUAAAAAAUUGAACCUCAACAUGCAGUGCUGGUUUCUUUCCUUUUUUUGAGAAAAUGAGACCCUGUCUCCAUUUAGUUGCUAAGACUUUUUAUACCGUUUUGAAUGGCACCCAAAUUAAAAUAAGUUACGCGGACAGUUGUCUUUUCCGGAAAACAUCUGAACGAGUGUUUCCAGUGUGCCGUGUUUUGUCACGUACGUUCGUUUUUCUUCCCCUGUAAUUAGAGCUCGCUAUGUGUUUAUUAAACCGAAGGCCGGAUCAGGAGAAAUAAACUGAGUAAUAAUGAGAAAUGCCUAAUCCCACAGGAAACCUACAUGCCAGUUUUUCUCAAGCCAUCUCACAAAAUAAGAAUUUUAAAUGUAAAUAUUGUGUAUUUGUGUGUGUGUGUAUGUGUGUGUGAUUUGAUUUACCUCAGGUUUUGAAUCUUUUCAGAAGAAUCCCAGGAGUAAGACUUUGUAGGCGUGAAUGAGUCCAGAGUCUGAAACAGCGGCCACCUUGCGGCCACCUGGACCCCCCAGCGAGGUGUCACAGACACGUCCCUUGCACACUUGCUCCUCUUCUGUGUGUCCAAGUCCUGUAUUCUGUGAGGCACAAAUGGAGAAUGCAGAAGAUUCUGUCUUUUCUCCCAGUUGUGAUGUAUUCCAACAGCUCCAAGUGUUGGUAAUUGCUAACAAACCUGGACUGGCGUUUUAAGACAGUCCAUGAUUAUUUCUUAAAAGAGAUUGCUCCGUGAGAGUUAAGCCAUUUCACAUUCCAGUGUCUUCUUGUUGGUAGAAGUGAGACUUUCUCUUGUAUUUCAAGAUAUGUUUUUAUCGAGAAGCGUGGCAAGGUGAACUAGCAAUGCACAUCCCAGUGUAAGUGGACCAGCUCACCAUCAAUUCGCAAAUGUGCUUAAAUGUUUAAUGGCCUGCAGUUGCUUGCAAAGAAAGAUCUGCUGGUUUUAAAUGAUACAUUCUAUGUCUGAAUAUGUGUGCAUUCAGACAGAGCUGUGAGCUUUACAGUUCUCGUUUCUUUUAUGAAAUUUAUGAAGCAAGUGGUGCAUGCCAAGCCACCCUGCCCCCAUUCACAGAUAUGUCUGUGUUCCACUGAAUUCCUGAAAACAGGGGACAGGAAAAUAAGGCGUGACUGCCUCCAAAAAGUAAGGCUAGAAAUAAUCCUUAAGACUGAGAUAAUUUAAUUUACCUACACGCUAACUUUUACUUUCAAGCAGCACAAAAUAUGCACAUUAAAGUUAUGGCAUUAACUGAGAUAAAAUGACAACAUAAUGAAUAGAAUCCCAAGCUAAUAUUCAUUGACAUGAGAAUUUGAUAUAAAAAUAUGAACUCGGGUUUUUCAAAUCUUUCAAAUUUGUCAUUAGCCCUUUAGGAAAUGUAUUUGAAAUCUCAAACUAGAAAUUAGGUUAAAAUGCCAUUUUAUUGUGUAAGCUAUUGGGCAUUAUACAACAAAUAAUCUAGGAUUUGUUUGGUAUUAAUAAUUUAGGUAUCAUAUUAGCUGAAUACUAUCCUCUAUUAUGUAACCUAAUAUACUGUUGGGUUAGUUUCAAUUUCUCAAACUCUCCCAGGCUGCUGUGAUGCAUGUCUGACCUAAUUUCUGUUUCUCUUGGGAAAAAAACCCCACAGAAACGUUGCACUGAGGAUUCUGCAUUUCAAAUGGAUGUUACCUUGCAAUGUUAAGUCAUGCCAUAUUCAAAUUGUUUUGUGAAUGAUAUCUACAUAUGUUUAUGUCCUACAGGAAAUGACUAGCCCUGGAGUGUAGUGGGGUAGAAUCCUACAUGGUCUAUAGGUUAUAUAUAGACACCGACAUACGUGGUGAUACAGUGACCUGUGUUUCUUAGCACAAACCCGCAGAGUACAAAUGUCCACAUACUUUCUACUGAAAAACAAUCCCAAUUGCAGUUAGCAGUGCAAAAUUACUCGGCUCUAUGAUAGAUUCUUGACAUUACAAUUUAAGGUACAGUAGCAACCCCAAGCAGGAUUUUUGUGUGAGUCUUACUGAUGUAAAGCCGUUGUUUAAGUGGGUUCUGCCGCUAGUGAUUCAUUUGUGUACCUGCUUAAUCAGUGUACAAUUCUGUGUGUGCCGAGUGUGCGUGUGCGCAUGUAUGUGAUGUCUCAGCCUGCCGGAUAGAAUGUGUAUAGGCUUCAUGUUGUCUGAUGUUAUUUGGCAUCCACUGCUCUGGCCUCUGGCACUUGCUCAUGACCCUGAGAACACAUCUACCCCAUGUAACACAAGCCCAGUGACACCAUCAGCCAGAACUCACAGUUCACAUCAGUGAAAAACUCACAACGGAAAGCACAGGAAGUCGGAUCUGAAGGCAACCUCUGGUGGCUGGAUGUUUCAGACGACUCCACUCAGGCCCACAGAGAUGCAAGACAGUUUGUUCUGCAGCGAAAGGGGGGCCAGGACUUUGCACGGCGGUUUCCUCCUGCUCCUUCCUAGACCUGUUGCCCUCUCUGUCGGGCUACGAUCUCCUUUCAGGGUGGAUGAAUGCCCACCCUUUACUAACUUAACUACUGUUUAAGGUCUUUGUUUUUAUAGAUUUAUAUAUUCGUUUUAGUUAGCAUCUACCUCUCUGGGAAAUGAAAGGAGGGUUGACUUAGGGAUGAGUAUAGACAAUUAAGGAGAACCAUGUGAUCUGAAUUUUUUGAGUUGCAAAACAUUGGUUUCCCCCCUGCCUCCCACUUUACCUGUAAAGGACAGUGAGUAUUGUGUAAAUAGUAAACUAUAAGAAGCAUGGAUUUUUCUUUAUUAAUGAUCUUGACAUAACCAAGAGAAUGCUGAAUAUGCUAAGUAGAAUCAAGUAUGCCAUCAAAAAGCAUUGUUUUGGGGAAAUUUUGUACAAUGACCUGGGGCAUAGGUUGUGAUGAAAAGGCAAUAGGUUCUCAGUUCCAGUCAUACUUUAUGAUCAGAAACCUAUAAGAUAUUUCCUUUAAAAAUAUAGUUCAGUUUAAUCUUGCUCAUGACUUAAGAGUGGUUCCCUUGAUGGUUAAACCUUGUACUGGUGCAGCCAGCCCUUGGGAUCUUCAUGAUUGGCGCUGCUCAGUAGAAUGUUCUGUGAUGCUGGAAAUGUUCUAGAAGUUAUGCUGUCCAAUACAGUAACCACAUUGGUUACUGGGAAACUGAAAUGAAAUUAGUCUGAAUGAGGAACUGGAUUUUGUAUUUUAAGUUAAUUAAAUUGAUGCCACUCACAUGUGGCAAGUGGGUACCAUUAUUGGACAACGGAUUCUGGAGGGUUAUGCAGUGGAAUCUAGCAUCAAGGUGUUAGUGGAGUAGACAGUAAGGUGGAGAAGACAGUUUGUGGUUUAGUAACCUGAAGUUGGCUUAAAAAUUUUUUUUCCUUUCUGGGCUUAAAAAUAAAUGAUCUCAAGUAUGACAGUAAAAAUGCAUUGAUUGCCCUUUGGGGUUAUUACUUAGAUACUCUGGGCCAAGGAAAAAUCAGUGAAGCUUAAAAGAGUGCUUGGUAAAGCCCCCUUUCUGGGAUCAUUAGCUGCAUGUGAAUCUAUUGUCCAAAAAUAGUAAGUAGUUAGACAGUAGCUGUAAAAUGUUUGACCUGCAUGACCUGUACUGUGAAAUUGUGUUUAGGGUCUUGUGGCCAAAAAGUAAAUGUUACAGAAAAAAAGAAAAAAGCCUAAUGAAAUCCCUCUUCACUUCCAACAUCUUACUUAGACUCCAUCACUGCAUUAGUAAGGUGUGAAAUAUAGGAGCAAGCAUGUUUUGCAGUGUUCAUAGGCAGUGUUUUUGUUUGCCCUUGAAGUCUGCCAGCUCAUCCUUGUAUUUGAGGGGGGGCAUAGGUAGGCAUCGUUUUUCAGAUGCCAGACUAAAAUGUAGGUACUAUUUUUAGAGUGAGAUCUGACAUUGUUUUAGUCUUUUUGUUGUUGUUGUUAUCCCUGAAAUAAUUGAAGAUUUGAAUUCUUGCACAAUGACACUUUGUUUGACAUUAGAAAAACAUUGCCCAUGAAAAGUAAAGACCUGAAGGUUAUUAAAGUUACUAACAUUGCUUUUUAAGUGAGUAAAGGGAAGCAGAAAAUUCAAUUUGAGAUGUAUUUUCAUUGAUCAGACUCUUCCUGAUAGUAUUUAAUCCAGUCUAGGUUUUUAUUUAAAGAGCUCUCAUAGUUUUAUUUGAAAACUUGUACUGUGUCUAAAGUGGUUAGUCUGCUUUUCAUUGUCCAAAAUAAUGUUAAUCAAAUGCAUUUGUUUUAAAUAUAGAACUUGUCAAUGAGCAGGACUCUUUAGUUUGUCCUUAAAAAUGACUACGUGUUUUGCCCAAUAAUAGAUUUUCUCUAGACUCAUGAGGAAAUUAGAGGGCCAAAGAUCACUGGUAUGAGAGGAGUGGGAUGCCAGUGGUUUGAAUUUCUAUCUUCUCUUAGAAAAAUGAUGCUGCCAACUGGUCAGCAUCUCGUUCCCAUGCGAGAAGGGUCAUCAGUCAGUUAAUCUGUCAUCCUCGGCCCAGAAGGAGAAGCUGUCCCUUACCGCUUUCAUCAUUCUCAGGAAAACGUUACCCACAAAGCAAUCCUUACCAGAAUGGGAACUGCAGAGAAGGAUGAGGCAGUCAAGAUAAUUCAGUAACUGUUUGAAAGUGAUAGUCUAUUUCAAGAGAUGAUGACUAGUUGCUGAAUUUUGUUAAACCUGAAACAUUUCUAAAAAUAUAAGUAGAAAUUCAAGCCACUGACUUUGCUGACACAGUUGAUUCACUGUAUAAAGAUAUAUAUCUAUACAUAUAGGUAUAAAUAUAUACAUAUAUAUAGGCACAUGAUUUAGCUGUAACUGAAGCUUAAAAAAUCAAGUAAAAUGUUUGUGAUGUUUUCCAAUGUGGGUUAUAUAAUGUUGAAUUUAGGUAUUAAUUUCUCAACAAAUGCUAUAGGCUGCAUCCAUUUUGUCAAACCAGCUAUCUUUGGGAGUGUUUAUAUAACUAAGGUCUUGAGACUUCUUAUAUAUGAAGAGGUGAGUUCUACCAUAUGAAGAACAUUAGUGGGUGGGACAUAUAAUCUCUGUCUUCCAAAUGACUUACUUUUGGCUCUGCUCAAGUGGUCGUGAGCAGAGCACCAUUAUUCUUGAACUCUUGCAACAUGGCUCCAUUUUUCUGCACAAGUUUCCUUGCACAGUCGGGCCAAUGAUUUUUUUUUUUUUUUCAGGAUUCACUGCCUGGGGUAUCCCACUAUCUAUAUCCCACUUAUGAUGUAGCGGUGCUUGAAAACACUCAUCUCGUUAGCUGGACUUUAUUAUUCUAGUCUAAGGUUUUUGAUACUAUUCAUAUUAUAGUCUUUUUUAGAGACAAUCAGUAAUAUUUGGGGCAAAAGUACUGAGGGGUCUCUUGAAGCCUGCAACAGCAUGUAUGUUUUGUUUUUCUGAGGGAUGUUCCCUUAUAGCUGGCCUGGUUCUUCUAGAACACUGCUCUAAGCUCAUCAUGGGAUGCAGGGCUGGUAGCCCCUGUGAAGGUCUUCUGUGAUCUCCGUGGGCUGGGUUACUGGAUUAUUCUAAUAAGAGUGUUCCAAAGGGAAGCUCAGUCUUUAAUCUGACAUCUGCAUUUUGAGAAUCGAGAAGCAGAAGGUUGGAUAUGAUGGCAGUGGAGGAGCAUGGGUGGAAAAGGGAGGAAAUUGAUGAGGCAGGUGCCCCUUAGGGGAACAAGUGGAGGUAUCUGUGUCAUCUCUCUUUCGAAAGUGGGGGGACACAAGAGCUGGAGUCUUACACUGUGCUGCAGAAAACUCCCGGUUGGCUUUUCCUGGCUGAGAGACAAGCGGACUCUUAGGCAGGCCCUGUUUGGUGGAGGUGGGGCUGUGACCUUGAGUCUGUAGCAAAAGAGAGGCCAGAAAGUGAGACGACGCCGGCAUAGAGGGAGGAAACCCAUAGUGAGACCGUAGCUCCCAAACAAAGCAGAAGCUGAGGGUCAGUCCUGGCAGAAACCAGCUGAAGAAAGAAGAGUGGGAAUUAACUGAGCCAAGCACAAUUAGUCACCCAAGUAUGGCCCACCGAACUCAGCUCAGGAUGUGUCAGCUGAAGACACGGGAAGGUGCUCAGCUGACGGGCGCGUCCGCGGAGGCCCUACUGGUGUCGGUCGGCACACCACACACUUUCAGGCUGGUGGUGCAGUCACUGCAGACAAACUCCAACGAUGUCCUCUUACCUGUGGAAUGCAGUGCCCAUGCCGUGGAUGUGACCUGAGUUGAGUAGGUUAAUACUAUUGGGAAGGCUCAUUCAAGAACAUUUCGGUUUCUCUCCUGGUUGAGGUCAUUUGUUAUAUUUUUCAUUCCACCACUAGUUCCCGUUUCGCUCCCUUGGCAGUUGCAGGAGGCUGGUUUCAGCCUGGGACGGUUACACGCUCCCAGCGUAAGCCACGCAGCUGUUACACUGAGGCCCGGCCACUUGUACGACUCUGCUGGUGGGUUUCCUGGCCUUCUUGAUAACUAGUACUCCAGUCAAAUGGCUAGAUUAAUGCUGCUCAGAGGCUGUUAAGUCCUUGACGUGUUUCAUUUACAAGUCUGUGGAUUAUUUAUUUUAGAAUCUUUUUUAAAGGGCCAAACAGCCCUACAGAUAAACGAGCUGCUGGGCUGUGUAGAGAAUAUUGUCCAAAUGUUGCCAAAUACUGACUUCAUAAGGGGGAUAUCAAGCUGCUGUUUAUAAAUCUGAAUGUCUUAAAAGCAUUCUUGCUUGCUGUCUCUGUUGUAGGUGGUGUCUUAGCAAGUCCUGAGUUUUUCCAAUGAACCUGAUUUUAAUAUAUGGUAUUUUUGUAUGCCAAUCUGGUGUCUUGUCCUUUGUAUAUGUGGUAAUGUUGAUUUUAUGACUACUGUUAAAACACAUUUGCUAUGAUUAAAAUUCAUGAAAUGAUUUCAAA